AGGAAGGAAGGAAGGAAGGAAGGAAGGAAGGAAGGAAGGAAGGAAGGAAGGAAGGAAGAUUUAAAUGAAAUAUUCAAGCAAACUGUUUACUAAAUCUUUGGCAAAAUUUGGGUGAAAAUAAAAGAACCAAAAUCAAUUGAGAAAAAAAUCUGCUUGGAGCAACAUCUCUCUAAGUUUUUGAAAUCUGCUAUAGAUUUUUAGAUUAGGAAUAGUUUGGCUUUUGGCCUCUUCUUCCAAAAUUUACUACUUAUCUCAGGAAAGUUAUGUUAACAGCAGAAAUUGUCCAAGAAGAACUGAAGCAGAGUGAAGCAGUUAAAAUGAUCAAGCACCCAUGUUGAAAAUCCCACUGCCAAGGCUGAUUUAAUUUGCAAAUGAGAAACAGUUUUACAGUGCAUGGGCAAAGCAGAAACAAUGUCAUACCAUUGGAGAGUUCAGCAGUUCUGGGGGAAAAUGGGCAGAUUGCCCUCUGACAAGAAUUUGGAUUUAAACAAUUGUACAUUGGAUGCAGUGGAUAUAAUGGAGCUGACUACUGUAAUAUCACUGCUGCCAGAUUUGGAGGAGAUUGAUCUUUCCUGGAAUGACUUCAUAGGAGGAAAACUAGAACAUCUGGCCCUUCAGUUCAAACACCUGCAAGAACUGAAAGUCCUCCAGCUGAACAGCUGCAGACUCACCACCAAGGAUGUUGCAUGUUUAGGAGAAGCAAUAGAAGGAAUUCCUCACCUUGAAAUACUGGAUUUAUCAUGGAAUCCUGGCAUUGGGGGAAGCCUUUCCCUGCUAACCUCCAAAAUCCUCAACGGCUCUAAACUCCAUACAUUAAAAGUAACAGAUUGCUGUCUUACUCAGGAAGAUGGCAAAUCAAUAGCUCAGCUUCUAAGUAGGAUCCCCAGCCUCAAAAUUCUGGACUUGUCAAUCAAUGUAAAAUUGGGAUGUAGCCUUAAAAGUAUUGCUCAGGAAUUACAGUUUGUUUCAAGCUUGCAAGUAUUAAAUCUGAACACAUGUGGAUUAGAACAAGACGGCUUCCAUUCCAUAGAUGCUGCUUUCCAAUAUUUAUCGGAACUGAGAACAUUAGAUGUAUCAUGUAAUAAAUUGAUUGGAGGAGUUUUCCAGUCUUUGGCUGGUCAUUUGGCCAGUUUAACUAACCUUGAAAUCCUGAAUCUUCAUCAGUGUUGUAUUACAGAAGAGGACAUGUUGGUUUUAUCCCAGAUAAUACCUCUUUUGUCAAAUCUUCGGGAGCUGAAUUUAUCCUCAAAUACAAAUGUAGGGAUAUCUACCUAUCAGCUUCUUAGCAGACUCCGAUUUUUACCAAAAUUGACAUCUGUGCUCCUCUAUCAUUGUGCCUUGCAACAUGAUUCAUUUUUGUCUCUAGCUGAUGCUGUCUCUCAUCUUCCUGAACUGAAGCUAGUAGACCUUUCUUGGAAUAAAUGUGUUGGUGGCAACUUAAAUCUGAUUCUGAAAGCAAUAAACCCUGAUUCCAAGAUCCAAGUGUUAAGGCUGAGCAGUUGCAGUUUGGUGGAUGAAGAUCUGAUUGAUUUAGCUUUGAUCAUCCAGGCAGGGCAUCUGGCUCAGCUAAAGAAUCUGGACCUCAGCUACAAUAACAGUAUUUCAGACCAAGGAUGGGAGACCUUCUGUGGAAGCCUAGCUGCUCUCGGGCAACUUUCUGAAUUGGAUAUUAGCUGUCGUCCUUCAUCACAGUGUGGCUGUGGGGAAUGGCUUGGGAAGCUGUUGGAUGCCCUAUCUCGGCUAUUUCUGUUCACAGACCUAGAACUAAAUGGUUGGCUUCUUUCUGUAGCUCAGCAAAAGCUACUUGAAGAUUUCAGGUUGAAUAAGAAAUGAAAUGUCCAUUUCAAACUUUGAUAUGGAGCCUAAAAUUUUGGAGUAGCAUACAAAUGGUUAGUUGGUGGAUUGAUACCUAUUUUCUCCAAUGCUACAGCAGGGGUCUCCAGACAUGGUAACUUUAAGAUUUGUGGACUUCAACUUCCAGAAUUGCUCAGUCAGCCCAAAGGUUGGAGAGGAAAGGUGAAGAACUACAUCUAAUAUCUAAGGUAAAGGUUUCCCUGUCAGUUGUGUCCGACUCUAGAGGACAAUGGCUGUCCGUUGAAGGGAGCCAGUGUUGUCAGAAGACAAUUUCUGAGGUCAUGUGGCCAGCAUGGCUAUAAGCUUACUUGAAGAUUUCAGGUUUGAUAUUAGACAUCUAAUAUCUAGUCCUCACCUCUUGAUGAGUGGAUAGCCAGUGCUUUUUUUGUAAAAAAAAAAAAAAAAAAAACGGUGCCGGAACUCACACAUGU